GAAUCCGAUGAUGAGGUGGAGGCCCGUCGGGCAGCAGGGCGGCGCGGUCCAUUGCGCCGCAAGUCGGCGGUGCAGGCUGAAGGCGCAGCGUAUGUCGAGUUGCACGAGGACCAGCUGAAGCCGUUCGAUGGGAACACGGGGGCCAAGGUCGAGGACUGGAUCGAGGAGAACCUGACCGGGUACCACGCGGACAGCACCACCAAGCAGUACGAGGGCGUCUACCACAAGUGGAGGACGUGGGCUGCGAGGCAAGGGUGGGCUACGGAGUUCCUCGACAAGUCUGAGGCGACCGAGGCCAACGAGGACAAGCUGCUGGGUUUCCUAGGCUACUUGGGUUGGUUGGGUUCGUCAGUGGCAACUCUCAAGCAGGCGGUGUUCGCCAUCAAGGACGGCCACAAGCGGGGGGGACAGGGCGAUCCUUUGGAAAAGAUGUUCCGUUUGUGGCUGGGCGUCACCCCCGAGAUGAUGAAGUGGAUCGCUCGGAGCCUGGACCCCGGGCCCGAGGCCUCGGCUGAGGAGGUCUUCGAUGCAGCAAUGAUGGUUGCGGCGAUGAUGACGGCCUGGUUCUUCAUGCUCCGUGCGAAGGAGUACUGUGAGUCCAACGGUGUGGACUACGCGAUGGUGCUGCGCGGCGCGGACCUCAAAAUCGAAGUGGAUGCUGAGGGCCAGGUGUGCAGUGUAACCCUCCAGUUCCGCAAGACCAAAACGGAUCAGGAGGCUUUUGGCACGUGCAAGACCAUGUACACGUCGAACGUCGAGGACCUCUGUGUGGUGCGAGCCCUCGAAGCCUUUCGGCGGGUGGCUCCUCAGAGGUUUGGCGCCGGCAGCGAGGCGCUGAAGCCUCUUUUCCGGUGCGCAAAUGGCCAGAUGCUGAAGAGGACCCAGGUGCAAAACCUGCUGCAAAGGGCAGCAGCCGCAACCGGACUUCCGCCAGAUCGCUUCAUGUCGCACUCUUUGCGAAUCGGAGGCGCUUCGGCCCUAUUCCAGGCCACCGGGGAGAUCGAGCUCGUGAAGAGGACGGGGCGCUGGUCUUCCGCGGCAGUUCAGCGGCACCUUCAUGAUGGCGAGGUGGCGUUGCGCGAUGUGGCCAGAAAGAUGGCGACGGUGGAGCAGAAGAUCCACUACACGUGA